UUUUGUUCAUGUAUGGAUUCUACUACAUUUCCCAUGAUUCCACACUGAGCGGAACAGGAAGCACGAGGCGGAAACAUGCGAAGAGUGAGCCGGCAGUCCUGUGAGGACGGCCCGCUGCUGGAGGAGCAGGAGACGGAGGGCCAGCGACAGCUCCACAGCCUCCUGCUGCAGCAGCUCCACACCGACGUGGACAUCCAGCGAUGUGUAGCCAAGAAGCAGUGCUUCGCCCCGGCGGCGCUCUAUCGGCCAUUUGGCGAGCAGGCAGCCGGUGUGAGGAGUCUCACCCAGUUUCAGGCCCUGCAGGACGGGGAGACGGAGCUGGCCAGCCUCCGGGAGCUUGGACUGACCGACACCGAGAUCCAGCUGUGGCAGAGCAGAGACACACCGGAGGGAGCCGAGAAGUCCCAUGGUGUGUGUGCGGCUCCAGGUGCGAAGCAGCAGCGUCUGCAGGUGAUCAGAGACAAGAUCGAGGCCCGUGCAGAGCUCAUGUCCCGCCCACAGCGCUUCGCCUCCAGCCGGCCGCUGUCACGCCGGGAGAUGGAGAUUGAACGAGCGCUUUUCCAGGGAACUGAUCGCCUGGGCUUCCUCACUGCACUUUACCACAGAGAUGAAGAGAACCAGGAUGGCCAGCAGGGGGAGUCGUCCUCUGAUCCAAUGGAUUCUCUGUACAGAGACGUUCUCUGCAGGGAGAGACAGCGGGCCUCACAUCACGACUCUCAGGGAGAAACAGCCAAAACAUCCAACACGUCAACACACAGAACUGAAUCUGACCAAUCACAGGACUCACAGAAGGACAGCAGCCAAUCACAUGAAGCGUCCGACCUUCAGUCAGAGCCUCAGGGUGAAACCAGGUGUUUGUCUGAGCAGUCAGAGUGGAGUUCAGUCACCUCAGAGCGGCAGCCGGCUCGGGACAGAGCGGCUGCAGCGGCGCAGAUAAAUAUCAAACAGCCAAUCGGCAGUCUGCGCGGAGCAGGGGCGGCGAGGUCAGAGGGGCCGCUGACUCUCCGAGGGGAGAUAGAGACGAUCUCAGACGAAGAAAUCCUUGACAACCGAGAAUCUGAGGAGGGGAUCAGGAGCAUCCCGAGGUUCAGAAACUACCAGCCAGGGAAACCGUCCAAG